AUGCCUCUUGGAGCGUCAAUAACGCAAGGAUACAAGUCAAGUGACAAUAAUGGGUACCGUAAAGUGCUUCGUGAGCAAUUACGCCAUGCCGGAUGGCCCGUGAAUAUGGUUGGUAGUCUCUCAGAUGGUACGAUGCAUGAUAACAACCACGAAGGACAUGUCGGAUUUAGGAUUGAUCAAGUAGCUGCUGCAGUGGAGAACAGUAUCUACGAAAAGCCAAACUUAAUUUUAAUCAAUGUCGGCACGAAUGAUGCACUCCAGCAGUAUCAAGUCGAUACUGCUGGUGAACGGCUGGACUCUCUUCUCACGACCCUCUAUGAAGCAGUUCCGAACACUACCAUCAUUCUUUCCACAUUGCUUCCAAAUACGGAUCAGCCUGAUCUAGUUUUCAAUAUAAGCCUUCAGUACAUCCAGGUUUAUAUGAGCCGCCAGGCAGCAGGCGCCCGAAUUGUUCUAGCUGAUAUGUUCACAUUUAUAUCUGCGGAUGAGCUUCAAGAUGGCACUCAUCCUACUGAUGAGGGCUACGAUAAAAUGGCUUCAGUAUGGUGGGCGGCAAUUCAGAGUGCACAAAGCGAUGGCUUCCUAUCACCACCACUAGACAUCGGGGUUAGUGAUCAGGCUAAUAAUACAUGUGAGAAGGUUUAUGCUAGUGGCGAAGACCAUUAUGCACAGACCCAGAGAGGAAGUGGAACAGAUGACGGGUCCUAUGUGCAUACAUCCCAAGACAUGGGCCGAUUGCUCAAGAUUGCCUCAAUUGCCGGGGAUAUUGAGGAUGGAAUAAACAUGGCUCAGCUGGUCAAUCUCUAUGGCGGCCCUCGUGAGGGAGCAUUGGAUGAACUUGUUUGGACGAGAGAUGGUGAUGGUACCUAUAUGUUCUUGAAUGAGAAUAACGGGAUAUAUGACUCUUCAGUAAUGAUUGAUGUUAGAAUACCGUGUCUGGCUAAAGGAGUUCAUUGGGGCGAUGUAAACAACGAUGGCUUGGAUGAUUUCAUAUGCAUUGGGGCCGAUGGUGCAAUGUAUGUCGCCAUAAAUCGUGGGAGUGUGAACAAUGUCCCUACAUUUCAGGACAUCGGCCAGGUGAUGGCCGCUCCGGGAGGUGACAUGAGCCAGAUAAACGUCAAGUUAGGCGAUAUUGAUGGUGAUGGCCGGAUUGACUAUUGUCUUAUCGCGGAUAACGGUGAUAUCCACUGUUGGCGGAAUGGUGGCCAAAGUGACGCUCCUACCUCCACCUAUGGUGGCUACUGGCAGGACCUGGGUGUUGUUUUUACUGGCAAAGGAAUGGGAGAUAUUACUGGUGUUCGCUUUGUUGACAUCAAUGGCGAUUUCCGUAGUGAUUGGUUAUGGAUGGAUGACACUGGCCGCGUGACAACAUACAUAAAUAACCGGGGUACUGGAAAGGGUAGUCUGGUACCAGAUUGGUCCUAUGCCGGUGUGACUCAUGCUGGGAUGGGGGUAGCUGGUGCAAAGAACCGUGUCAAAUUUGGGAAUGUUUACGCUGGGAAUGGUGCCGAUUACAUUUAUGUUGAGUCUGUGGAACUUGCCCCAAGUACCAAUGGACCUCCCAUCUAUGACCACUACGCCCACGUCUGGAAGAACACCGGAAGUGGUGGAACAACAUUGAAAGGAGACGGUGAUUACUAUUGCGAUAUGCGAGGAACCGGAGCAGAUGACUAUGUCUGGGUUUCCCCUGACGGUGUUGGUUACCUAUACGGAAAUUCACACAAUCCACCGUACUGGGACCCUGUCGGACUGGAAAUUUUCGAUGCUGGCGUGGUACGAAAAGGCCUCCAUCUGGCAGACUUCGUCGGAGAUGGCAAGUGUGACCUCUGGCUUGUCGAUAGAGAUUCUGGAGCGGCGGAAGUGUGGAUCAACAUGUGGGAUUCAACCGUGAUGAAUUGGGAUAAACGUGGUGUAGUCACUGGGGGAAUAAGCUGCACCCAAGGUUGGGGUGUAGUGGUGACCAUCGUGCUGAUUAUCUAUGUAUGGAGUACGUAUGCAUACAUAUCAUUAUCAGCGUCGUACAAAGCUGACAUCUCCCUCACCGUUCAAUACAGACUGGAUGGACGCACGACUGGAGCGCUAAAUCUGGGCGAAAACCAAUUUCAAGAUAUUGGACAGAUUAAACAUACUGAAAAGUAUGAUCGAGCAAACCAUCGAUGGGCCGAUGUGAAUGGAGAUGGCUUGGUUGAUUUCCUUUGGGUCGAUAAAUUCACUGGAGACACAUGGGUAUGGGAAAAUGAAGGCCAGAUGCCGGAUGGUACUCUGAUAGAUGGAUCAUCCUUCAAAUGGAACCCACUAGAAGGCGCCCGCUAUCAAGGUGCAGAUCGGGGUGCCAAUAUGCAUUUUCCAAAUCUAGGUGGAUUGGGGCGCGCUGACUAUCAUCAAGUAAUUCCAAGGACGAAUGUCGCAUAUACGUGGUUUAAUGUCUGCCCGGGAGCCGGGGACAACGCCUCAGAUGACCAGGACCCUUCGAUUGACCCCAACCUUCCGGCAUAUUCACGAAGUCAAAUUAUAUGGCCGGCUCCACAUAAUUAUAUAUCUUACGGCGAUUCCUAUGCUGCUGGGAUUGGGGCGCAUUGUGGCUGGAUUACGGAUGAGUUCGACGAGAGUACACAAGGGGAUGAUUGUCGUCGUUGUGAAGGAUCAUAUCCAUUUCAGCUUCAAAGUGCUGGUCCUCAAAUGCAGGGUGCCACUCUUCAUUUCCCAGCAUGCUCAGGUGCAAUUAUCAACGACAUGGAAAACAGCAAUGGAAAUGGGAGAAGGAGCCAAAUGGGUUGGGUUCGAGAACUCAAUUACUAUGAGACAAGUGGAUGGACAACACUAUCCAUCGGAGGUAACGAUCUCCACUUCGCUGACGUAGCAUAUUACUGUCUCUUCAUGUGGAAUGAAGGAAGUUGUGACAGCGCAUUAGCUUAUGCGGCCAACAAACUCAACGAUGCCAAUUUUCGCUUGGCUUUGGCAGAGGUGUAUAACAAUAUCAUUCUUGAUGCUUAUUCUCAGAGAGCGCCCGCUCGUCAGACGGGUUUUUUGUUAAUUGUUACCGGUUAUAUACAAUUCUUUUACGACAAGGACAAAGCUUGUGAUGGGAGCUGGUUUUGGCCCAAGGGGGGCUAUUUAACGCAAGAUCGCCGGCAGCAGAUGAACUCGUUGGUGGUUAAAUUCAACGAAAUCAUGCAGGACGCCGUUACCGAAGCUCAGCAUGAAUGGGGAAAUCCAUACUGGAACGUUGUAUUUUUUGACACAGAUUCGUUGUUUGAGAAUCACCGCUUCUGCGAGCCUGGUGUCGAUUUUCGAAAUAGCUGGUUCCUCCUCGCAUGGGGUCUCGACUCUCUUGCCGAUGGAACAGAAUUCUCAACACCACCAGACGGCGAUGACGUCGACCUACUGACCUACUGGCAAACAUGCAGUCUGGAUGUUGAUGAUAUCUGGGCAGGUUUUCUCUGCGAUUUAUCAACAACCAUGCACAAUGGGAGUCUCCCCGUCGACCCAUCGCCAUCGCCACUAUAUGACCCGAAUACCACAACAAUAGCACCUAGGGAUGCAGCCAAAGCAAUGCAUCCAAAAUCGAUUGGUUAUGCAGCCAUUUCCAACGCCAUAUAUCAGUAUAUUAGCAGCUUGCCGCAACCGUGA